CUGGCAGCCGGGAGCCAAGCUGCUUUGACCUGCUGGCCCUGUCCCAGCUGCCCCCUGAGCAGCAGCCCCUCGAGCACACCCGUCUCUGCUCCUUCUAUGCGGGGUCCUGCCGGGCUGCCCCAGGCCGAGCCAGCUGCACCCACCUUGCCGAUGAGACGUGCCGUGCCCGGAUGAGGCGAUGCGGUGAGAUGAAGUGAUGGCACGGGGCUGGGGGACUGAGCUGGGUUGGCAUGGGGCUGGGGACACAGCUCUCUUGCUGAACCCACAGAGCUGCAUUCCUAUGCCCAGACCCUGGUGGGUCUCCUGCGCCGGGCUGGGGACUUCAUCCGAAACCAGCUUGACUUCUCCUUCCUCACCCGCACUCUUCCCCAGCUCCUGGGCAAGAUCUAUGGUCAUCUCUUCCCCGUCCGCAUCCGUAGGGAUGCCCCAGGUACCCACAUGGGCUGUGGCUCCCUUUGGGGAUGUGCCACCCCUGUGCUGAUGGCUGGAGGACCAACACCCUGCCCUAGACUGCCCAACAUUCUGUUCCUCCUGCUUGUCUCUGUAGACCAAGUGAUGGUCGAGCACCCCACACCUGAGGGACCCCUGAGACCAACCCACAGGCAGCUGCCCACCUUCAGGGAGUUUUUUGGGACUAUGGGGCCGCGGCUGCAGGACUGGGUGCAGGCUCUGAGGGCCACAGGGGAGGGCAGCACUCUGGCACCCACCCCAGAAGGGGAGCAGCUCCCUGAGGUGACAUGGCUCUUCUUACAGCAGGGUGAAGAGCUGGUGGAGGAGCUGGUGGGACAGGGCAGAGCCUUCCUCACUCAGCUCCAGGCAGAGAUGGACCUUGACACACCAUUGGAGGCCACGCAGGCACUCAGAGAGCCAACUGGAGAGCCAAUUGGGAACCCUGUGCUGAACUGGACAGUGCACAGAGAGAAACGAGAGCUGGUGCCCACAAUGCCGGGCCUGGAGGAAGAAGGGGAGGAGGCAGGCAGAGUUGCAGCUUGCCCCGGCCUCAAUGCUUCUGCACUGCGGGUUGGCGUGGUGCAGGAGCUCUACGCCUGGGUGCUGCAGGUGCCAGAGCCAGAUCUGGCCAUGACCUUUCAGGAGAUCCUGGUGGACCUGAGCUCCAAAAACACCAAGGGGCUGUACCGGGCACAGGUGCGGGCCACAGUGGGCGGCCGACCCACGGCUUUUGCUGGACUGGUGGGGCUGGAGAGUGACUCACUGGCACGCAGCAUGCCUGGCCUCGUGGCCUUGGCACUUGAGGCUCUGAAAACCUAGGGGUGCUGGCAGGGGAUGAGGAAUGACUCCUGUUCCCCAUGGGCACCUCUUA